AUGAGCCAGGAGCCCGACUACCUGGUGCUGCUGCACGAGUACACCCAUGGGCGGGUGGCGGUGGACGACAAGCGCGAGGCCCGCGAGCUGGAGUUCUCGCCAAAAGACGGCCCGUCGCACACGGCGGCGUACGACACGCCCGUGGGCAUGGUGUACAAGACCAAGUCGGUUGCCUUUCCGCUCAUUCAGUUCUGGAUUCUGGCUUCCGAGCUCGGCUCCGAGUCGUCGUCGUCGUCGGUGACCAGCGACUUUUACGCUGUCACCGCCAAGCGCGGCCUCGCCCAGGACGGUCUCCUCGACUUUCUGCAGGCCAAGCACGUCCGCGCCAUGCUCUUUGCGGACGGUAUUGACCCGGCUGGCGACGUGGUGCCGCUCUCGCUGGCGGGGGGUGCACCUGCCACUGAUGCCGCCACUGCCGCCCCGGCCGCCGAGCCAGCACCAGCCAAGCGCUCGCACUCGGACAUGGUGGCCGGAGGCGCCACGACUGGGCUCGCAAGUGCCGGCCCUGGUGGUAACGACGCCGCCUCAGAGGGCACGCCGGCCAAGCGCCAGAAGACGCUGGCUGGCGCGAGCGGCGUGGGCGACCGGGCUUCGAGCGACCUGCAUGCCGACAUGGUGGCUGGCAUGAGCGACGACGAGGUGCUGCGGCUUGUCCAGCGCAAGGAGCGCCACAUGCACACCCGCAAGUCGGUCCUGCAGUGCGCCUCGGGCCUCCCAUUCUCACGGGUGCUUAAGGUUCUUGACGACACGCUCAACGCCGAGAAGGCAGCCGCCGAAGCCGCCAAGGCCGAGAAGGACGCCGGUUACUCGCGGUACAACGUCGACGAGAAGAAGGCGCUCGAGGCCGCCGGCAUUGCUGCCGGCGACUUUGGCAUCAACACGUCGGCGUCGUACCUGCCUGGCUUUGGCUCGGCGCCGGCACCGGCGCCCGCCGCGCCGUCGGCGCCCAAGCCGGCCUCGCGCUCCAAUUCGUCCGCCGCCCUCCCCAAGCACGCACCCAAGGGAAAGCCUAUCAUCCUUGUUCCUGGAGGCGCGUCGACGCUCAUUAACCUGUACAACGUUCGCGACUUUCUGGAGCGUCACUCGUUUGUGACCGCCGAAGAGAAGCGCGCCGCCGGCGGCCGCCGCAACCCCAAAACCGUUGUCGUCCGCCAGCGCGGCGACGAGCGUGUGCCGUACCGCGUCGAGGACGACCCCAACAAGCUGACCAGCGACGAGUCCCAAGUGGCAGUUUAA